AUGAAGGAGAAAAAUGAAAAACAUACAGAUUUAUUUGAGAAAAGGCAAAACUACAACUCAAAUGAACUUAAAAGUGGAGAAGAACUUUCUUCAGAAGAAGAAUAUAUAAAAAGAAAAAAAUUACAAGAGAAAAAAAAAAAGAAAUAUGAAAAAGAAAGAGAAAAAGGAAAAGAAAAAGAAAAAGAAAAAGAAAAGGAAAAGGAAAAAGAAAGAGAAAAAGAAAAAGAAAAAGAAAAGGAAAAAGAAAAAGAAAAGGAAAAAGAAAAAGAAAAGGAAAAAGAAAAAGAAAAAGAAAGAGAAAAAGAAAAAGAAAGAGAAAAAAAAAGAAAAUGCGAAGAAAUGAAAAGAAGAAAGUUAGAAGAAAGUUAUAAUAGUGAUAGAAAAAAAAAAAAAAAAAAAAAUUCGUCCAGUGAAGAUAGUAGUACAAAUAGUUAUUCAAGUAGAAGCAGCGAUAAUUCCAGUAAAAAUUAUGAGAAAGCAAAACGUAAAAAAAAGUACAAAUAUAAAAAUAAAAAUAGAGAAAGUGAAAGUUGUUCUGAUAGCAUGACUAUGAAUAUAAAAAGAAAUAGAAGUAAAGAAAGAUUAAAAAAAAAACGUGAUAGAAGCAUUGAAUAUAAAAUAAAAGGAAAAUAUAGAAAUGUUGAAAUACGAAUGAAGAGUAAAAAUAGAGACAAAAGUUUAGAAAGAAAGAUAAAAGAUAGAUAUAGAGAUAAAAGAAUUAAAAGAAGUAGUAGUCGUAAUAGUAGCAAUAGUACUAGUUAUAGUGGCAGAAGUAGUAGUAGUAGUAGUAGUAGUAGUAAUAGCAGAAGUAUAAUUAGAAGUAGUAGUAGAAGCAUAAAUAAAAGAAGAAGAAUAAGUAGUUUAGAAAGGAAAAUGAAAGAUAGAUAUAGAAGUAGCGAAAAAUAUAGGAGUAUGGAUGAUAGAAGUUCAGAAAGAUACAGUAGAUCCAGAAAAAGAAAAAGAAAAAGGGAAAGAAAUAAAAAUUAUAAAUUUGAUUCUCCACCGGAGUCAUAUGAUGAAGAAAUAGAAAUGAAAUCCUCAAAAAAUACUAUUACAAAUAAUAAAAAUAUUGGUAUCAUUAGUAAUAAUGAUACUAUAAAUAGUAAUAAUAUAAUAAGCAGUGAAACGGUAAUAACUCAAAAUGCAAGUUCAAAUAAUAUUGAUAAUUUAAUUCAAACAUUAAAUAGUAAUAUUAUUAGUAGCAAUAAUAAUAAUGAUGUUAAUAGUAUUAGUAACUCUAUUAGUGCUACUUCUCUAGCAAAUGAUAAUAAAUUAAUUAAUAAUAUGUUAAUUGAUAACAGAAAUAAAAUAGAUGAAAAAAAUUUAUUACUAAAUCAAUCCCAUUUAAAUAUUCUUUUAAAUAAUCAAUUAAAAUUAAAUAGUCAAUCUUUACAUAAUUUAUAUAAUAACACCUUAAGUAUAAAUGAAUUAUGUUUAUCUAUUGAUUCAAAUAUUGAGAAGACAGCUAGAGAGUUAUAUGUUGGGAAUAUACCUCAGCACAUUGACGUUCAACAAAUUGUAAAAUUUCUGAAUAGUUGUUUGUUGAUUUUAUAUAAUAAAGAAAAUGAAAAUGAAAAUAUUUGUUUAAAAGCAUGUAUAAGGGGUGAUACACAUUAUGCUUUUGUUGAAUUUCGAAAUAUUCAAGAUACAUCUAAUUGUAUGUUAUUAAACGGAAUAAACUUUUUUGGUAACAAUUUAAGAAUAGGUAGACCUAAAACUUUUCCCGUAGAAUUAAAUAGUUUAAUCCCACCAGCAACUAUUCCUGUAAUAGAUAAUUAUUAUUUAUCACAAGGAUUAUUAGGAUUGAGAGCAUUUUCUAUUUUUUGUCAAAAUGAAGAAAAAAUUAGAAAUGACUAUUUACCUAUUAAUAUGAUUAAAUUACAAAAAUUAUGUGUUUCUAAUAUAUCUAAAAAUAAUGAAACAAGUAAAAUUAAGGAACUUUUAGAAGCAUUUGGUGAAGUUAAAAAUUUUGAAUUUUUUGAAGGAGAAGAAUGCUCAGAUACAUAUAUCUGUUUAGUUGAAUAUAUUAAUGUAGAAAAUGCAAUUCAAGCACAUAAAAUAUUAAAUCAAAAUACAAGUUACAAAAUUCAAUUUGAAUAUGAGAUUUUAAAUGACCCAGUUAUUAAUAAAUUAGUCAAAAAAAAAUAUAUGAAAUCAGAAAAUUCUAUUUUAACCUUACAAGUCCCAACAAAAGUCAUUGUUCUAAACAAAAUAGCUACUUUUGAAGAAUUAUCAGAUACUAAUGAAUAUAAAGAUAUAAUAGAAGAUAUAAAGAUUGAAUGUGAAAAAUAUGGAAAAAUCAUUGAAAUAAUUUUACCAAUUUUCAGCCAAGAUACAUAUGACUAUCUAAAAAAUAUUAAAAAAAUUGAAAAUAAUGAUACAUAUGAGGAUGUGAAUGAAGAAAAAGAAGAAAAUUUAGUUGAUAAUAUAAAGGAAAAAGAAAAUGAGGAAGAAAUACAUUCUAAUGAUGAUAAUAUUAAAAGAAAAAGUGAAACAAAUAAUAAUGAAACUAUAUCAAAUGAAAAAGAAAAAGAAAAUAGUAUUAAUAAUGAUAGCAUAUAUGAUAAUGAAAAUGAAAACAAUAAAUCCUUUAAUACAGACAUUGAAAAAGAAAAAGAUGAUAAUAACUUGAAGGUGGAAAAUAAAAAUAAUAAAAAUUUAAAUCACUUAGAUGAAAAUUGCAAUUCCUUAAAUGAAGAGGAAAAAGAUGUAAAUAACAAUAAAGAAAAUGACGAAAAAAAUAUAAUACAUAAUGAAGAAAAUGAUGAACAAAAUAAAAGGGAAAAUAUCCAAAAUGAAGAUUUAACGCAUCCAAAUUAUGAUUUAACUUCUAUUGGAUGUGCUUUUAUAUAUUUUGAAAACAUAGAAUCAGCUACAAAAGCAAGAAAGGAAUUAAGUGGUAGAAAAUUCGGAGCUAAUAUUAUUGAAGCUAAUUAUUACAGUGAAAAAAAAUUUUUAAUGAAAAACUUCAAAAAUGUUAAAUAUAAUUAUAAAAAAUCUCAUUCUUCUCUUUUUAAUUUAAGCUUAAAGCUAGGAAAUUACACUUACUCUGAUUACUCUGAAGAUGAAUAA